UUCAGAAGUGAAAAAGAAAGAAAAGAAGAGAGAAAGGGAGAGGGAGAGUGGCGGCUAGAGAGGAAGAAAGGAGAAGAGCAAGAGGGAAAGCAAGUGUGAUCAAGAGGGAGAGGAGGAGACCAGACCAAGGUUGAAGGUGCAGCAGAGAGUAGCCCUUUCCAUUCAUCUUUUUCCAGAACCAAACCUUCAUCUUUCUCAAAACCCAACACCAAAGAUGAUGAAGACCAAGAGUACAGUGGUCUCAUGGACGAUAGACUUACCUGACCAGCAUAACGACAACGCUUGGCAGUCCGACUCUGCCAAGGCACGUCGCAUCUACGUCGGCAGCGCUACGAUCAUUGGACGUGACCGGCAUGGGAACGUCGUCGAGACUCAGAGCAUGGAGUGGGGCAAGGUCAAGAUGCCCUUUUUACCUUGUCGCUUCUUACAUCCAGGAGACGAGGGUUCGUGCUCGAACUCUCCACAGAGGAUUGCAGGAGGGGAGGUUUCUUCACGGGCGUUCGAGGCACCAAAUUGGUGGGCACGCCUUGGCGACUUUCCAGCUCCGCCUCUCGAGUCCCUUCCAGUUCCUGCUGAGCCUAUGGAUGUCUUUGCUCCACGGUAUGUUGCAGCAGCUGAUGCACCUAGGGAUGCCGAGACGGAGGGGAGUGGAGAUGCACCGGAGGUCAGGGCUCCUGUGAAGAAGCGCCAGCGACAGUGCGGUUGGCUCGACGAGUGACUGAUAUUGCCAUGCUGGGGGUCGAGUGUUCGUGGUGUUGGACUAUCUUUAUCAGUUUUGUUUUCCGGUUUUUGAUGUAUUGAUGACAUAGGGCUUUAGCCCAAGGAUUCAUUUAUGUAUUUGAUUAUUCUUCCGUUUAUUUAUGAGUUAUUUUAUUCAGUAAAACAUGUCUUAUUU